GCUCGGCUUAAUACUUUCUCGGGCUGCUUUGUGCGCGUAUACCGAGUGAUUCACUUCUGCAAACUGCUCAAGAAGAAGAAAAAGCCGGGCCCACAUUAAGAGCUCAGCGCACCCUCGUAAAAAGGGUCCAAAAUGCCUCGCAGCCACAGCUCUUGUGUCAGAUUUGAGUUAGCCACCGCUAGCUAGUUGAACGGCGGUCAGCGCAUGGCUACGCAGAAUCCAGUCCCGACUCUCUCCCACGCAGACUUUUGACAUGGGGAGUAAAAUGUCCUUCAGCAGAGGAAACAGUGAUCAAAAUACAGUCUCUGAGUUAACUUCUGUGGCACCUCAACCUCGCAGUUCCAUUCAUGCCUCUUCGGACUGCAAGCAGACACCUGAAGAUAGGACAUGCAGUGAGGGAGACCUGGACUCUAGGCGGGGAGGCAAAAUGAAAGGGACGGCACUGAAACAGCCUGGGUGCAGGAAGCCUGGUGUUCGUGUCAACUCUGAAAAAGCCGGUGAGGCAAACUGUCAGCAUAGCGAGCUCAUGGUCUCGCAGGUAGGGGUGGAAGCAAAAUCUCAAACGACACCUGCCGGCGUGUGCAGCUCUACAACAGACAGCCAAGGGAAGCCUGUGGAGAUCCACAAAAAACGUGGGAGACCUCGUAAAAUAAAACCGGCGUUGACUAAAGACAAAAGAGAUCCAGAUGCUGCUGAUGCUGUUCAGCAUAAGGUGGUUAGCACCACCAUAUCUUUGCCAACAUGUGGAGAAAACCACAAAACUGAUGAUUUGCCUAACGCUGUGGAUGGUAAAUUAAUAAAUAAUGUGUCUCAUAAUGAGAUGCGUGCUCCUCAGUCUGUGUUGGAUAAUAAUGUAGAAGGUGUUGCCUCUUUGCUGCCAAAAAGAAGACGAGGCCGGCCAAGAAAAGCAGAAAUUGCAGCUUUUCGAAACCAGGUUUCUAAGACUUCUGCUCCCAGCGCUCCUACUUCUCCUCCUCAUGCUAAUAACGUUAGUGGUCCUGCACGGAGACUGAGGAGUAGAGGAGAGCAGCCUCCUUUGACGCAGGAUGAUAAGUUGGAAUCUCGUAGCAAGGAGGACAAGAAGGUGCUGAAGCAGAAUGAAGCAGCCACUACAGAAAGUAUUUGUGCAUCCAAAUCUAAAGGUGUGAAGAGACGAAGGACUAAGUUGCAGAUUGAUCAGCAAGUCCCAGCAAAAGUGUCCAAGCUGGAUAAAACCCAUGAGGCUCGGUCGGGGUCGAACAGCGAAACAGACUGUGGAGGAACAGCAGGGACAGAUAAACAGAUGGACCUGAGCACUGACAACCAAGGGUUUGAUUCACACGGAAAGGAUGAUCAGCUCCCCCUGCAUUCUGUGGAGGGCCAAGAACAGGAAAAGCAACAAGAGAAAACUGAAUUACCACAAAUACAGCUGAAUUCCCAGGCUGAAUCUGAAGUUAUUCCUUCAGAGGGUUUGAAAGGUGCAAAUUUGCCAAGCCCUACUCCGACUGAUGAUCCUCAAAUAAAGCAGUCAUUGGACGUGAAUGGCAGCAAGGAGAUUGUGGGGAGUCUGGAGUUAUCAAAAACUCCAGAGUCUCCAACAAAUCCAGAGCUGCAAAAGGAAAAGCCUUCUAGCCCAGAUACCCCGACUUCCUCUGAACAAACACGGACACCUGCUGGGACCCCACCUGCUGUGAAAGCUGAGACUGUAGAGAUAGAGCUGGAGCCUUUAAAGCCCACGUCCCAGUCAAAUAGCAGUAAUUCUUCCCGACACAGUGCCAUCCCCUCAGUUAAAUCCGAGGUUCCAAACACCACUUUUCGGCGCAAGAGGGGUGGCAAGAGGAGGAGGAUGGUAAACAAGGUUUUGUUACAAAGAGGGGAUUUUGUAGAGAACCGUGAGGCAGGUGGUAACACCCAAUCAAAAACAGACUGCGGUGAUGGCAAGAAGGAAGCUAACACCAGUGUUGACGAAAAUAUCGUCUAUACUAAAAAAGGGGGUAAAACAGUGUUGAAAUGUGGUUAUUGUGGUCGUACGUUUAAGUUUCUGUCUCAGUUUGUCAUCCAUCAGCGCAUUCAUACAGGAGAGAGGCCUUUCAAAUGUCCCGAAUGUGGCAAAGGUUUUAGCAAAAACUCUAACUUAAAUCUUCAUCUCAAGACGCACAGAAAGAGCAACAAAUAUCAGAAAUGUCCAUAUUGCAAGAUUAAAUUUUCUUGCUCUGAGUAUGCCUUGCAUAUGGAGACGCACGCACAUGAGCUGGAGCUUGAGAGUAAGAACAACAAGUAUGAGGAACAGAGCAGAGGCCCAGCAGAGGAAAACAGCAAGGAACCUCAACGAGCAGCAGAAAAAAGAGAGAAGAAAGUCUGCCAAUACUGCGGUAAAACAUUCCCAUUUCAAUCUGCCCUCAUAAGACAUGUCCGAGUCCACACAGGAGAGAAGCCUUAUAAGUGUGACAUAUGCAGCAAAGCUUUCGGCCAAGCCUAUUUCCUCCGUGUUCACGAGCUCACGCACUGGUCUGUGAAGCGUUACAAUUGCACCCGUUGUGAAAAAUCAUUUACUCAUUAUAGCAAUGCAAAAAAUCACACAUGCAGGCCUUUGGGAAGCAGUGGCAAUACGCAGUCAAACCGACGCCUAAAGCCUUCGCUAACAUACACGUGUCACAUCUGCAAGAAUGUUUUCGAUCAUUUGCAGGAGUUCAACAGCCACAUGAGAGAGCACACCGGUGCAAAGCUUUAUCGCUGCUUGUACUGUGACAAGUUGUUCGGUGUGCUGUCUGAAUUUAACGCCCAUCGCAGUCAGUGCAGCAUGGAAAGAAAUGCCUCCAGCUCUGCAAUAAAGGAGGAGGAGAUGGUGUCAUUAAUUCAGUACACAGUGCCUGCUCUCAGGUGCUCAUCAGCGCACAAUUCAGCUCCUGUUGAGGCUGUAAACUGUGAAAUGCAGAGAAAACAAUCACAGGUUAGCCUCAAGAAACGCUCUAACAACUUAAAGAAACCGUUCCAGUCAACGGUCAUACCGGCUCACCAUCUCACACCCCUGGUGUCAAAGUUAAACAAAUUAGAUAACAGAUCAGAUCCCAGGAGAUAUCUGUGCCCAAACUGUGGGCGACUCUUCAGACACAUGGGCAGGCUCAGAGCCCACAUGCUCACACACGCCCCAGGUCAAAGUUACACCUGUUCCUGCUGUGGUAAAACACUAGGAAGUUGGAAAAAACUGUGGCACCAUCAGAGAAUUCAUCGUCAGAGACGUGGCCGCUUCACUUGUCCUCAGUGCGGGCAAGGUUUUCGGUUUGUAGAGCCUUACAAAAAACACAUGAGUGAGCACCCAGAUUUCCAGUGGGUUCAGGUCAGGCCUAAGAAAGUGUUUCUGCCUUAUCAAUGUGAGCGCUGCAGAUGCAGCUUUAAAACUCUAGACCUGCUCUUCAGUCACCAGCUCUGCCAUUCCGUAACGCUAGACGUACGCAAGGACCCUGACUUUGAUUCAUUCGUAGAUGAUCGUAGUGCACAAUCAAACAAGAAAAUUCUUAGGCCUCCCACCAGUAACAACAUAGAAACAUUACACCAAACCUCUGAGGAACAUGACUCUCCUUUAAGGCCCUUAUCAAAAUAUCCAGACCCAGUACUUCAAGAGUCAAAUGUAGCGCUCCCUGCGAUUUCCUGUGUUCAAAGCCAGGUUCCUGAUUCGAUUAAUUCUUCUGAGCAUCCCAGCACGACAAAGAUAGUCCAAGAUAAAGAGGCCAGUCAUGACAGUGUAGGUAAAAAUGGACCUGCAAAAACCAUUACAACUUUAAAAACUGAGAAGAGACAUGUGACUCAGAAUGCCAGCAAGUCAAACAAAAGGCCUUCAGAUGGUGUAAGUUGUGCUGUGUGUGGAAAUUCAUACCCUGCCAUUUCAGACCUUUAUCAACAUUAUUUGCAGCAUGCCAGAGGCCAGGUGUAACUGUUUAAAAAUGAAAUGCAUUUCCCCUUUUUAUACGCACAUCACGUUUUUCCACAGGGUUUAACUCUGGGGUCCUUGUAAGUCUGUGUUAAGUUGCAUUUCCACACAGACUUCCCAGGAAUUUUCAAGGCACCAUGAUUUAAAGAGCUCUGAAGGUUAGACAAAUUAGGUGUCCUCCUAGGUAGGUAAUUGUUCAGUGGUUCAUUUCUGUAAAUGCCAAUGCUGAAAUGUGACGCAGAGGAGACGACACUGCAACAAUAGUGAGCAUGCUGUAACUCGUUGCCAAUAAAGAGAAAGGCAGUCAUCACAAAGCGGAUCCAAAAUGUCAGACUAAACAGAUUUUAUGAGCUAUUUCUGCUGAGUGUUACGUGAGUGAGACUUGCAGUACUAGCAGACAGCACCGAAGCCCCAUCCAGAGUAAUACCCACAAGCAUGGAUGUUGUCAGGUAGAAUAUUUCCUCAAAACUUUAUAUAUCACCUGGUCACUGUGGAGAAAACAUCCUGAUUUACUCCACAGGUCCCCAGUUCAUUAGGAACGUUCCUGUGGUACAACUUCAGAUAAAGUAAAAACUAUAUAUAUAGUUACACACUUGGAAAACACUCAGAUGACUUGGAAGAUUUGCUCUGAUCAUUUAUUUAGCUAUUUAUGUGUGACAUUUUUGAGAAAAUUUUCAAUGAGUUUCAUUACAUUUAGUUAACACCUUCAGCUCAAACCCACUAACAUUCCUUUUAGUAUUUAGUAAUUACACUCAUAAAAUGAACAAAAGAAAUGUAGAUAAAGCGAGAAGAUUGAUAGAAGAGGACUGUAUCAAAGCAAGUCAGCGUCACGGAUGUGUCCCAUGUAUUUUCUACGCUGAUUGCACUGGUGUUUAACCAGAAGCUGCCCUGGGAUCGUGGAAUAUGCCUGUUUCACAGCAGACAGUAGGGAAACACAGGUGUCACUAAGCACAUCAUUAAGCCUCUGUGCCUGUUUAGCUGCUGUUUUGAAUCAAAUAGCUGCUGUGAAACAGGCCUAUUGGAUAAUGUUUAUGAUUUUAAAAAUGGUGUUUUUAUAUAAAGGACCAAUCACGGACAGGAAGGAAGGAUUUUAUUUGACUUUAAGAAAUUCACGGAAAUCUUUUUGAGAUAUCAUGUUCUUGCUGCCGUACGUCUUCCUAGUUCUUAUAAGUUUUAAAAAUACACUACACAGUGUUUGUGGGACAAAAUCUACUACUACUAGUGUUGCAGAAGUUUGAUUUGUCAAAUGAGAAGUAUGACGAGCUACAUAAAUGAUAGUUUACUGUUGGUUCAGUAUCAAACUGUAUUUCAUGCAGUUGUUUUCUUGGCUUAAAGGCUAGCUGUUACCUGAUGACAAAUUUGUUUUGGGCCACAACAACAACACGUGCCGGGAUUUUGUAUUUACAUUUUAAGAGAAUCAGCUUUAUCCAUAUGUCAUUUUGUGAACCUAUGAUUGAAAUAAUCAUAUAAAGUUUUUUUCAAUAAAAACUGACAAAUACCCAUUUCACACCUGUUGAGCCAAGCAUGUUUGGUUAAAUGGAGAUCGUUGUUCACAGCUUUUGGAAAAGAUGCUUUUCAUCCUUGUCGUACGUCACGCUUCAGUUCAUUGGAAUUGCUUAAAGCAGUGGUUCCUAAAGUGUGGGCCGCAGCCUUAAGGUACUGCAGGGGGGCCGCAGUAAUAAGAGAAAAUACUCACACGUAUGUAUAGUUACAUAUUUCUAUAAAUGUAUUCAUUUAUAGAAAUAUGUGAAUUAAAACUGGUAAUAGGAGGUGGUUGGUUUGUGAUAUUACUCAUCACUCUGAGCUAAAUUUACUGCUCUUAUAUUGAAGUU